AUGUACGCCAAAGGAAAAGGCCAAACCGUUCCUUCGGAUGCCCAGGCGAGAGAAAAAUUAGCACUCUACGUCUAUGAAUACUUACUACACGUGGGUGCGCAGAAGGCUGCGCAAACCUUCCUCUCAGAGAUCCGAUGGGAGAAGAACAUAACCCUGGGCGAGCCACCGGGCUUUCUCCACUCCUGGUGGUGCGUCUUCUGGGAUCUCUACUGCGCGGCCCCCGAGCGGCGCGACACUUGCGAACAUUCAAGUGAAGCGAAGGCGUUCCACGAUUAUGGCUUUGUCAAUUCAGGCUAUGCUGUCAAUGGAAUUGCAGGCCAU